AUGUUCAGAAAUCAGUAUCAGGGUGGCCCAUUUGUUGAAAUAUUCAGUGCUCAAGGCAAGAACCCAGGCGCAAAAUGGAAAUUUUUUGGCAAUCCAUCAGCUAUAUGGAAAGAAUAUGAUAAAGAAGUAAAAGGCUUUGUUUUUGUACUUGAAGGAAGCAGUCAAGUCAACAAAAUGCAGCUACCAAAGGAAAUUAAGCAAACUUUGGGACUGAUCCAGCAAUUUCUGACACUUCAGAUUUUUGUGCCGCUGGGACAAGACUUCUCCACUGAGUUACUGAUAACUGAUUUAGGAAAUAUUAAAAGAAGAUUGUAUUUAUCAACAGUCCACAAGGAGUUGUCUGUAACCCCUCUGCAUGCAAAAAUUCCUCUGUUUAUGAUCAAGCGCAAAAUAUGGUGCAAUAUGUGUAUUGACUUGGUAGCAUUCACCAGUGAAAUAUUCAGAGGAGCUGUCUUCCAGUCUUUGGAUGGAAUUAUUAUUUCAGCUAACUGUAAACUGAGAAAGAUCUUCACUUUAAAAUCCAAGCCACAAGAUACAACUGAGGAAGAUGAUAUGUGUGUUGUUCCACAUAUGCCAUCUGAACCCAUAGAUGUUAUUCCUCGAAUCUGCCAGCUGAAUACAGAUGUGCCACAAGUUACACAAUUGCUGAACCUCACUAAAAUUCACCAGACAGAAAUAAAAUACAGGAGAUAUCCAGUAACAGUGCAAGAAGCAGGUAACUUGGGUAAUAGAGGACAAGGCAAUAUACGCAGCAGUAAAACUCAGGAUGUAUCACAUAUUGCAUUUGGAUCAAAGAUCCUUGGGCCACCUCCAUCUUCAAACAGAAGAGCUGGUACAAAGGUAUUUGGAAAAGUAACAAAGACCUGCAGUAGCAAAAGUAAUAGAUCACGCCGACUUCGAAGUUCAGGAAAGGGAACUGAAGCUGUACAAGACACUGAGAGACUGGAGCUAUCGUUCUCACCACACAAUGAUCCUGUAGAUCAAGGAGGCAAAAGAAAUACUCACCAAACAACUGAAGAUGUAUGUCAAAAUGACCCUGCAAUUCAGAGUCAGAAAACCUCUGAGAGUGGAAGAGCAGAUUUUCGGCUCGCCUCACCACAAGGACCAUCAGCAGACAAGAACAGUCAUAGACCAUUAUCUGCAAAAAAUGCAACGAAAAGCACAUGGGAGAGAACCAGUGAUGAACGGUUGUUUCCAGAAAGUUUGACUGAGAGUAUUCAGUUGGAUUGGAGUGAGCAGUUCGUAGCUACUGAAGAUUCAGCCUGCCAUAAUUUAGCAUCACCACAGAAUGCCUCUGACCAUCACAGCAAUGAAACAGGCAAUCACCAAGUGAAUAAUAAAGAGAUUUUCACAUUUUCAUCAAGACCUCGAUCAGCUCCUCAUGGGAAGUCUCCAAACAUGUCACCAGAAUCUUGCAUUUUCCCUUUGGAUCUGAAGCAAGACAGUACCAGCGUACAUGGGAAAACUCAAAUUGAAGAUAACUUUCAAGGAGCUGACAGCAGUAAGGAGGAUGACAACAAUGAACUCAUCCAGGGUACUGAGAACCUUGAGAUCAACCACAGCAGGCAAGGAACAUCUGAUUCAGCAGUUUUUAAAGAGAUCCCAUCAAAGAGGGCGUCAUGGACAGAUGAAUACUGGAAGAAUAAGGGACACAGCAAACAUAACCUCGAAGAGACCAUCUUACCAAAAGCACAGAAUUCCACUGUGAGAAAAACAGAUUCUGUUAGCUCUCAAAUAAGCUUACAGCCUCCCCUUUCUCUUUCUCCAACUAGAAGUAAAUCUGAAUCCUUUAAAGUAAUUCCAAAUGGAUCUGAAAAAAGUGAAAGAUCUGAAGUUUCCAGUCAAUUAAAAAGGUCCAUCAGUAAAAAGUCUCUGAAUAAAAUCUCAAGAGAAACUUCAUGUCUGACAACACAGACUUGUGAUUAUGACUGGAAAAACUACCAGACAAAUAAACUGAGUUCAACUGAACUAGAGAUGCUGGCUAGCAUGAAGAGACAACAAAAUGAAGAAUUAAGGGAUUCUGUGAUCUCACAUGGGCUGAGUGCAUCACAGAUAGACAACUAUAAUGUUAGCUUAAGUACAAGCAGUGAUGGUACAGCAACCUGGAACUCUUGUUUCCCACCACCCAUCAGUCAGGAGCAUCACUAUCAGAAAGAAAUGAGCUUACUUUUUCAUUCUAACCCACGGGACUUGUUGGACAUGUUCAGUCCUCCCAUCAUUCCUGGAAGCCACCAACAGGAGGAACACACUAAAUCUUCAACAAAACAGAGUAUUCCAGGUGAAGAUGACUGCAAUGCUGAAGAAGAUGAGAAAGUUUUGACUCUUUUGUAUGAUCCAUGUCUGAACUGUUACUUUGAUCCAAAUUCUGGAAAGUACUAUGAAUUGGCAUAG